CGCCAGUUGCAUGUCGGACUUCGUUCCGGUAGUAUCGUUGCUGUUGUUCUUCGGGUCGAGCGUAGGCCGAUAUGGAGAACCAGCAGGUGUGGGUGCGAGACCCUCAAGAUGGUUUCAUAAUCGGCAAGUUCACGGACAUGGUCGAUGGGGAUGCGUUAAUCGUGCCGCUGAAUCCGAAAUAUCCACAGCGCACCUGCCCCCUGGACGAAGUUUAUCCUGCUGGCGAAUACACCAAAGACGUCGAGGACAAUUGCGCUCUGAUGUACCUGAACGAGGCCACGCUGUUGAACAACAUACGGACUCGUUACUUCAAGGAUAGAAUAUACACUUACGUGGCCAAUAUCUUAAUCGCUGUAAAUCCAUACUGCGAGGUGAGAGAUCUUUAUUCCACUGAAACGAUCAAGGACUAUAAAGGAAAAUCUUUGGGAGAGACACCUCCUCAUGUAUUCGCCAUUGCUGACAAAGCGUUUAGAGACAUGAAAGUGUUGAAGCAGUCGCAGAGCAUCAUCGUUUCCGGUGAAUCUGGGGCAGGCAAGACUGAAUCGACCAAGUAUCUGCUUCGAUAUCUUUGCGACUUGUGGGGAUCGACCGCUGGGCCGAUCGAACAGAAAAUUUUAGAUGCAAAUCCGGUUUUGGAAGCUUUUGGAAAUGCAAAGACCAAACGGAAUAAUAAUAGCUCGCGUUUUGGUAAAUUCAUGGAGGUGCAUUUUGACUCGAAGUGUCAAGUUGUAGGCGGUUACAUUUCCCAUUAUCUUCUGGAAAAAUCGAGGGUCUGUCUGCAAAGUCCCGAUGAGAGAAACUACCACGUUUUUUACAUGAUGUGCGCCGGAGCUCCACCGGAACUUCGUGCGAAACUAGGAAUUACGAAACCGGACGAUUUCCACUACUUGAAGAACGGUUGCACCCAGUACUUUUGCAAUGAGGAGUCAGAGAAGAAAUUGAACGACGUACAAAAGAGUCGUGAUCAAAUUACGAAAGGUAGCUUGCACGAUCCAAUUCUGGAUGACGUUGAGGGAUUCAAUGCCAUCGAUCAGGCCCUGACGAGACUCGGUCUAACUGAAGCGGAAAGAAUGGAAAUUUACACGAUGGUUGCCGCCGUGCUUCACCUUGGGAACAUCAUGUUCGAGGACAAUCCUGAGGAUACGAAGGGCGGUUCCAGAAUAUGCGCCAGUUCUGAGAAAGCGGUGUUAAUGUCUGCAAAAUUACUGGCUGUUGAUCCUGAGGAACUUAGACAAGCCUUAGUGUCAAAAGUGAUGCAGACUAGUCGCGGUGGUAUCAAGGGAACGGUCAUUAUGGUACCAUUGAAAGUUUACGAAGCAAAUAACGCCAGGGACGCUCUGGCUAAAGCCAUUUACAGUAAACUAUUCGAUCAUAUUGUGGCUCGUAUCAAUAAGAGUAUUCCCUUCAAGGCCUCCAGUUAUUACAUUGGUGUCUUGGAUAUUGCAGGAUUUGAGUAUUUUAAGGUAAAUAGUUUCGAGCAGUUUUGCAUAAAUUACUGUAACGAAAAAUUGCAACAAUUCUUCAACGAGAGAAUCUUGAAGUACGAGCAAGAUCUCUAUGCAAGAGAAUCUUUAAAUGUUCCAAAAAUAUCUUACGUGGAUAAUCAAGAUUGUAUCGAUCUAAUUGAGUCGAAAAACAUGGGAGUCUUCAGUUUGCUAGACGAGGAAUCGAAAUUGCCAACUCAUAGUUUCGCGCAUUUUACCAGCGAGGUACAUCGUGUUUGGAAUGGUCACUUCAGGAUAACAUUGCCGCGAACGUCUCGUUUAAAGGCUCACAGAGAGCUACGCGAUGACGAAGGAUUCGUAAUUCGUCACUAUGCUGGUGGUGUUUGUUAUCAAACGAACCAGUUUAUAGAGAAGAACAAUGACGCUCUACAUGCCUCCCUGGAAGCAUUAAUUCAGGAGAGCAACAACAAAUUCCUCAGAACGCAGUUCGCCAAUAAUUCUUGUCAAAAAGGAAAGCUCACUUUCAUCAGUGUUGGUAGUAAAUUCAAAAAGCAACUGGGAGAACUGAUGGAUAAAUUAAAGAGCAACGGAACAAAUUUCAUUCGUUGCAUUAAACCUAACAACGACAUGGUGGCCUAUCAGUUCGACGGAAAUAGUAUUUUAGGGCAGCUUCGUUGUUCCGGUAUGACGUCAGUCUUGGAACUUAUGGAGCAUGGUUAUCCAAGCAGAGUUCCGUUCCAGGAACUGUACAACAUGUACAAAUCCUAUCUUCCACCAGAGUUGGCUAAAUUAGAGCCCAGGUUCUUCUGUGAAGCGUUACUUCACAGUUUAAAAUUGAAUAAGAAGGACUUCAAGUUUGGAAUCACCAGAGUGUUCUUCAAGCCAGGAAAAUUCGCCGAGUUCGACAAAAUUAUGAAAUCGGAUCCUGAAAACUUAAGAAAAUUGGUGGCCAAUGUGAAGAAGUGGCUACUGAAGUCUCGAUGGAACAAAAUGCAGUUCUGCGCACUAUCCGUAAUCAAAUUGAAGAAUAAAAUCAUUUAUCGUAGGCAGCACUUAAUUAUUUUACAGAAAACCGCGAGAAUGUACAUAGCCAAGAAGCAGCACCGACCUCGAUUCAAGGGAAUUAAGAUGAUUAAGAACUUGAGGACGCAGCUGGUUGGUAUGGAAGAGACAUCAAAACAGCUAAAGAAUCGUGAAAAGUCUAUGAAUGAUAUAAAGAGGCUGCAAAAUGAUCUGGAUGUAGCUAUUAAGAGGAUCAAGAUCAAUGAAAGAAUAAAACCAGCCGAAAUUGAUUCUCUUUACACGAAUUUAGUUAAUCAAAUGAACAAACAAAUGGUGUAGCAGCGGAAGGAGGAGGAAGUACGGAAGAAGAGGGAAGAAGAAGAGAAUAGAAGGAAGAAACACGAUAUGGAGAUAAGGAGAAAGGCUGAGGAAGAACAAAAAAGGAAACAAGAAGAGGAAGAUAAAAGAACCGCUGCAGUUAUACAAGCACAGAUGGAGAAAGAAGAACUGGAGGAGAACCAAUAUCGUGAUUUACUGGAGCAAGAAAGAAGGGACCACGAAUUGGCGGUGAGAUUGGCCCAGGAAUCGAACGGACAAGUGGAGGAUUCGCCGCCACCAGUUCGAAGCGGUUCCGAUGUACGAGUACCAUCGAACAACAACAGGCUAGCAAGAUCGGAGCAGGUGCGGAACAACCAGGCAGCUAUGGCCAAUAAAAAGUACGAUUUAUCUAACUGGAAGUACUCGGAAUUAAGAGAUGCUAUAAAUACAUCCUGUGAUAUCGAACUGUUAGAGGCUUGUCGUCAUGAGUUCCAUCGAAGAUUAAAGGUUUACCAUGCAUGGAAGGCUAGAAAUCGCAAGCGAACGUCCUUGGAUGAAAAUGAAAGAGCACCAAAGUCCAUCAUGGAAGCUGCUGCUAAAGCACCAAGGCCUCAAGUGAAACAGUCCAUAAUUGAGUCUUCUCAGAGAUAUUUCAGAAUUCCUUUUGUAAGACCAGCUCCAACCGGUCAACAAGACAAUUCCCAUACAUCUGGUAAACGAGGUUGGUGGUACGCGCACUUUGAUGGUCAGUAUGUUGCUAGACAGAUGGAACUUCACCCUGAUAAAGCACCAAUUCUUUUGAUAGCAGGUAUCGACGACAUGCAAAUGUGUGAAUUGAGCCUAGACGAGACUGGAUUGACUAGGAAACGUGGUGCUGAAGUGUUGGAGCACGAGUUCAAUCGCGAAUGGGAGAAAUAUGGGGGCAAACCGUACCUUCCUCCGUGUGACCGUAAAAAAUGAGGCAAUCCAUCAAAUAGUUGUUAUAAUAUAGGCUUUACGAAUUUUUGUAUCGAUCCACUUUUAAAAGUGAACCCAUAGCACAGUGCCUUAGAAUUUUUGUGCCUUUCACGUUUAAAGGAAAAGGCAAACGUUUUGAAAGCACGAUGUAACUAUGUUGAUUAAUUUUGUUAUCGAUUAUUAAAUUCUUAGAAGGUAUGGAAGGAUGAUUGGAUCCAUGGUGGAUCUAUGGAUCGAUGGACGUGUAGUGUGUACGUUAUGUACCCGGUGCAUUGUAGAAUGUACACGGUAUUUCGAAUCAACAAUUUUGGGUACGCUUGGCAGCAACUUUUUAACGUGAUAAAUCUAAUUGUUCAGUAUUCGAAAGCAGUAUACAUUAAUGUUGAAAAGGGAAAUACAAACGUUCGUCGAAAAGAAGCAAGAUCUCAUUAAAUUUCAAUUUACCUUACUU